AUCUUUCAGCUGUGGCAGCUGGAGAAUGAGAUGGUGAUGGUGGGACUGGAGAGCAACGAGGUCAGCCAGCAUCUGAAGAGCCUCUCCCUCGCUCAGGAAGCCCUCAAUGAGGAGAUCGCAAAGAACAACAAGUUUCUCACGUCCAACCAGGCCAAGAUUUCUUCCUUCAAUACACUGAUCGAACAGAGGGAGGCCACCGUUGCCACCUACAACAGAAAGAUCAGUCAAAUCGCAGCCAACACUGGGCAUGAAGACCUAAGUCCUCUGCAAAUCAAGGUAGAGGCAUUGAAGGCUGAGAUCGAGGUGCUGGAAGCGAAUAUCAAGGAUGACCAGCAGCUCUGGAUGAAACGUCAGGGGAUGCUAGUAGGACUGACGCAGGAAAUAGAGGCCAACAGCAAGAACAUGCUCAAACUGCAGAUAGAGCACACUGUCAUGCAGCAGAAGAAAAUACAUUUCAAGAAUCAGAUUGAAGCAGAGCACCAAGAGCAGAGAGAGCUGGAGAAGAACACCAAGAUGCUGAGAGGAGACCUGCUGAAGCUCAACACCAUGCUCAGCAAGAACGGACAGCUCAGCCAGGCACUGGAGCAGGAGAAUGUGCUGAUGGAGUCAGAUUUUCUGAACAGACUUAAGGAGGCAGAGCAGGAGUCAGUGGAGAUCCAGAUGACUUAUGAGAAGACCCAGGAUGAAAAAGAAAGACUCCUCAACAGUCUGGUGGAAGCUGAGUGGCAGAUCAUGCUGUGGGAGAAGAAGAUCCAGCUUGUAAAAGAGACUCGCUCAGCUUUGAACUCUGAGGGGGUCCAGGGAGAAAUCCAGAUGAUGAAGGCUGAGAUACAUCGUAUGGAGGUGCGACUCAACCAACUGAUGAGGCAGCAAGAACGGUUGCUAAAGGAGAGUGAAGCGACAGUGGUGAGGAGGGAGACUAUUGUUCAGCGUAGGGAGGCCAUGGUCCACAGCUCCCAGAAACAGGCUACAAAGGGCGAUCUGAGCCGCAUCGCACAGGGCCUGCGGCGCCGGAUCAAGGAUGUGCACAAGCAUGUGGCUGAGUGUGAGAAGAUGAUCAAGGACCAACAGGAGAGCCAGGGGGAUCUGGCUGACAAGCUUGCAAAGCAGAAGCAGCAGCUGAUAGAACUGUGUGGCACCAGCUACACCCUGGACCCCGAGUUUGUUAAUCUCGAGGACACUAAAAUAAGGAACCUAGCUCACCUGGUGGCUCUACAGAGCCGGACCAAGAAGCUGCAGGGGGUGUGCCAGGGCCGCUACAGAGCUUCGUCCACCAGUGAGUCAGUCAGAGCCGCUCUGCAAACCCAGACUGAACGUGUGCACGCUACCAGCGCCAUCUUGCACAGAGUCUGUGAGGAGUUUCCCCAGCACCAGGGGCCACUCCGCAGGCUAAUGUUAGCAUUGGCAGGUCGUGCUCAGGCCCUAGAUCAGGAGGAAUCCUGAAAGUGUGGGAGACAAUAGAGACAUUACAGUAUAGGAGAAGAAGUGACUAGCAUGACAUUAGUAUGAGAGGGAACACUAAAACAAACUGGAUUCACUGUGGAGGUGGCUCAUCAGGGCACCUCCAGAUGAAUCAGGGAGAGUUGAUUGGCACAGCUGAGGUUAGUUGCCAAUUAACUCUCCCUGGAUUCAAAAGGCAGCAGCAGAGCUGCUACAGAGGAGAGACACACAUGAGAAACAUUAACUGCUGGCCAGUUGAUGUUUGAAGUUCUUACUCAUGAAGCUACGUUUAAACCCGAAUGGUUUGUCUCUGGCUGCUGUUGGGUGAGCCCUGUAGUAACAUCAUUUACCACAGUGACAUGUACUUUAAAGAAAGGUACAAUUUCCACACAAUUUAUUUACUUUUACUAGGGAUAUCCUCAAGUAAAGUGUACUUAUGAGAAAGAAUUGGUAGAUAAAGAAUACUUAAGGCUUUCUGUGAAUUUGAAAUAACUGAGGAGGCAGUGUCACAGGAGUUGGAUGAUGGGAUAAGGUUCCUGGAUACGAAUUCUGGAGAUGGAGGAUUUAUUUUUUCCUCAAUCUUCCUCAAAGAUGUGCAGCACGCUCAAUGAAGUGGAUAAAGCAGCAUCAAAAAGACUGUGUAGAGAAGUACAAUAAGUAAGUAAACAUGAGGGUCUCAGUUCAAUGUGUCACAAGAUGGAGCUCUUAAAAAUAUGGCCGUUUCCAAACUGUUUGGACUUACACAAGAUCAGCUGGGUGACAUCUAAAGAGGACUUGGCUACAUACAUAACAUGACUUUUCUCAGGGAAUAUGUAGCUGUGUUACAAACACUUGCUCAAUCCAUUGAUCGUCUGCAGGGGGAGAAAAAGUGCUAUCUUGAGUUCCUCAUUCCAACCAUCUUAAGCCUCAAGUCUAAGCUCUUUGACAAACUGCCACAUGUGACCCACACAGCCACAUGUGACCCACACAGCAAACAUCACUGCAGUCAUUGAAGCACUUGACAGUCACUUUGGUGCCACGCUGAGCAGCCAUGAUGCAAAAAUGGCAACGACCCCCAUGCCAAGAUUUCACUGUUGUUUCCCAGCAGAGAAGAAAGAGGAUACCUGCAAAACAUUUGUUCAGGAAGCAACAUCUUUGGAAUCCAGAGCACCUCCUGCAGCUGAAAUGAACAGCACCUCUAAGACUGAUGGAUCAGAUCAGGAGUUUUUGUGAUUGGCAGAAAAAACAAAACUGAUAAAAGCGGUUCCUGGAUGACACUAUUAAGACCACAGAUUUUUUACUUCUGGUUAAGUAGCUCUUCAUGAAGAACAACACUACACUUCCCAGAAUGUCUGUUCAGUUAUGGACGUACUCAUCUCAGAGCAUAAUGUCAGAUGAAGCAAG